AUGAGUACUGAAAGCUUUGAGGUGCCACGCAAUGAGGCUGUGGAGAAGAGUGGAAACGUCUAUUCUCCUCCCCCAUUUUCGUACUACGUGACGCGCAAAGAGGAGGAUUCCGCAGACGAACCCAUUUCGUCCACUUCCAAGCCGGGCAAUGCGGGUCAAAACAAGGAAACCCUGGGUGGGGCGGGAGAACUUCCUCCCGGUGCGGCGGCCCAACCGUUUUCGGCGAGAAAUGUUGGUCGUUUUCUUGAGCAACAGCGGUAUUUGAGAGAAAUCAACAGACCGCAUACUAUUUCAUUAUGGGAUCAGGCUUGCGUGGGCCAUCUAUUUCCUGGUAUGUUUGAGGGGACCAUUGACGCCAUGGAGUUAUUCCAUAUUCUUAAGAUGCUUGUCAUGGUAGCCAUUAACUCGGUUACAGUGACAGUCAACGUCUUUCACGGAACUACCUUGGUGAGCUCUCUCGAGUGGGCCAAGCCAAUGUCUAGGGUUGUUUUCCUUAUUGAGUUUUUGGUGGUCUAUUUCUUCUUUCUUUUCCUUAUCGUCGUCAUACUACAUGCUAUAGCGUAUGGUAAUGUUGGCGCCAAUCUUGCCGGGGAUAUCGCUGCUCUUUCGGAAAGAAUCACCAGCUUCUCUUCUCUCCGUGUUGUGGCUAUAGUUUCCCCAGACUUUGCCAUUAAUAACAUUUUUCCCAUAGUACAAAAUGCCGUGUCCGUCUCUGAAUAUCUUAGGGCGGCUCUAUUUUUUGUCUUAUGGUUGUGCGCAUGUGUUUUGGCGAUGGCAGCAGUCGUGCUUAAGGUGACUCAGAUUGAAUUUGCAAGUACACUCAGUAUCAGUAGCUGGACUUUUGGUGAGUUUAUCCAACUUGUAGGUCUUACCAUGAACUUGGCUCGUGUAAAUGAUUCCUACGAGACAGAAACUCAGGUGCUAUUGGAUGCGGUUCAUCGCCACUUCUGCAGUCCUGGAAUGCCAAAGGAUAGUUUUAAUCGUGUGGAGUGUUUAUACACACGUCUUUGCGACUACUUAUCUCUUCCACGCCCUAAGAAAUACGAGUUUUUUGAUGCGAUCUUUGACUACCACUUUAAACUCGCGCAGGAACAAAAAAAUAUCCCAUUGCCUAUGAAACUGCGUAAGAUGCUGAAUUAUUUGGCCUUUAUACUUCGAACGGACAAUGCGGUCUUACGCCGAUUACUGCAGAUGUCGCAGUCACCACUUCCUUUCUUUCAGAUGGGGCGUGACGCCUUUUUUCAAUGCUUCAAUGAACACGAUGAGUUGGGCAUGCUGGUUGCGGUUUGGCGAAGUGAUCCCGCAUCGCUACCGGUGAAACUGUUUGGGAUGGAAAAUAAGGGCGUGUUUAACAUCACCUACAAAUGUGAAGAUGGACGCCACGCGUGGGAUGCGGAUAACUUGUCUCAUAUUCUUUCCCACUCGGAGUCUGAGAAGAAGUUCCACAAGGAUGUUGUUGAUGCGUGCCUUUAA